AUGCUCAGAGAAGAAAAAACCUCAAGGCUCUUACCACUGAAGCAUUAUCAUUACAAUGAAGUGAAGAGGUUUACAAACUCAUUUGCUUGUGUAGUUGGGAAAGGAGGAUUUGGAACUGUUUACAAAGGAAACCUUCCUGAUGGCCGUAAGGUCGCGGUGAAGGUUUUGAAGGACUCAAAGAGAAACGGUGAAGAUUUCAUCAACGAAGUCGCCAGUAUGAGCCAAACAUCUCAUGUCAACAUUGUUUCUUUGAUUGGAUUCUGCUAUGAAGGAUCAAAAAGAAUGAUUGUUUAUGAAUUUCUAGAGAAUGGGUCUUUGGAUCAAUUUAUAUCCACAAACGCGGCCUCAUCAAUUGCGGAAUGGAGAAGAACGCUUUACGAGAUUUUACUAGGAGUUGCUCGUGGUCUUGAGUACUUGCACUACGGCUGCAAAACAAGGAUUGUACAUUUCGACAUUAAACCGCAGAACGUGUUGUUGGAUUGCAAUCUUUGCCCCAAAGUUUCUGACUUUGGCCUCGCUAAGCUCUGCGAGAAGAAAGAGAGCAUCAUGUCACUGUUGGACACAAGAGGCACAAUAGGGUACAUUGCGCCAGAGAUGAUCUCCAGAGUUUAUGGUGGUGUGUCUCACAAGUCAGAUGUCUAUAGCUAUGGAAUGCUGGUACUUGAGAUGAUUGGUGCAACAAACAAAGACACUGUCGAAAACCCUACCUCAAACACUAGCUCGAUUUAUUUCCCAGAUUGGAUUUAUAAUGAUCUUGAAAAUGAACAACAGAGUAGGCUUUAUGGGGAUGAUGACCUAACCAAAGAAGAAGAAGAAAUCACGAAGAAGAUGAUCUUUGUGGCUCUGUGGUGUAUCCAGUCUUAUCCAUCAAAUAGACCAUGCAUGAAAAGAGUUGUGGAGAUGAUGGAAGGAAGUUUGGAUGCUCUUGAAGUCCCUCCUAGGCCUGUUUUUCAAGUUCCCAUUACGCCUCUUCAAGAAUCUUCCACACUUUCGAGAGAUAUUUCGGUUUACAGCUUUAGUCGGUAGAAGGAAUGAUAAAGCAAUAGCAGUAUGCUAUAUAAACAGUAUGCUACGAAAAUUGU